AAACAAGAUUUCCGAACAAAUCUUAUCCACUCCUAAUUCGGAAAAAAGCUUCCAACUCCAUCAUCCGAACAGUGUUGAACUAAAUGGAAGGGGCAAAAGACCAGUAGAUCAUGUAGAUCAUUUAACGCAAAAGAAUUCAAAUAAACCUGGUUAUUUAUCCAUUCAAAGAGAGAAUGCAGUAGAUCCGACGAUUGUUAAAGUAUAUCAAUAUUUAAAUCAACCUCAUAUUAAUCCCGAACUUAGUGAAGAUAAUUUACAUAUCAAAUCACAUACAUCAAAUGAAAUGUAUCAACUAGUACCGGAAUCGGAGAGUACAAAAUAUCAUCCUCGGUUUUCAGGCUCAGUGGAAGAUAACAUGAAUGGUUUUCCUAACCAUUUAUCACCUUUGGGAUAUCACAAUAAGAACUCAAUCAGCCAUCCAAACCAUUACGGUGAUUCGAAAUCAUUACAUACUGUAACAAAAUAUGAUGAAAAUAGGGUCAAGGGUGCCAAAACCAUGAGACCAGAAGACCCGUUUAUGGGUAGCACUAGAUCACCAUUACUGAAUAUCGCGCAAUAUGAGAAAAAUAAAGAACACUCUAUUCAUGACCCACAUGGUCCUCAUAGUUCACCAUCAAAAUUGUCUCCUUACAAUUCACUAAACCCGUCUUUUAAAACCACACAAUAUGGCAUGAAUAAGUUGCCCGCAUAUGAAAGUCCAUAUGACAGUCUUUCUCUAACUGAAUCACCAGAAAAAGAUUUUCAAAAGAAAUCUCUACACGAAACACAUGGGGCCUUCACUACUUAUAACCCACAUGCCCACCACGAUUCACAGCUAAGCGGGUCUCCUCACAAUUCACAAAAAAUAUCAUUUAACACUGUCCCAUAUGACCAAAAUAAGGCCCAUGAAAAUCUUAAAAUUCCCGCUACUUACAACCCGUAUAUUAAUUAUAGUUCACAGCUAAACGUAUCUCCAUAUGAAUUACAGAAAUAUGGCCUAAGUAAGACCACCGUGAAUUUCAACCCAUAUAGCCUCAACAUGACACACACGGUAGCAUCUGAAAAACCCCAUCACAGUUCUUAUUCAACACCUGACUAUGAUUCACAAAAAAUAUCAGCAUCAUAUUAUAGCCCUUCUUCAAAAAUUCCACGCGAUCCUCAUACCGAAAAUAAUAUGAAAAAUAAAUUGCCAGCUAAUGAACAAGCCAAUGUUUAUGAAACAAAGCAUCGAGAAACACUAUUGAAUAGUUUAAAUAAUCCACAUGCUACUUUGACAUCGAUAAAGCAUGACAACGGCAACUCGCCUAGAAAUAAACAUCUUGAUAGGUAUAGCGACAACCAUAGUUAUCCACAUUAUGAGAAUGAUUUUAAUUCCUUCGACCAUGAUCAACAAAAUCACUCUACACGACCAGAAAUAGAAAGUCUUGAUGGUCACGGUUCAGAUAAUAGACCUCACUAUACACUUAAUUCAAUAGAAGAUCCGAAUACCAGAAACAAACCGAAUAAAUAUGGAUCCAACGUACAACAUCAAUCUGAUAAGAAUUUUGAUGAUCGUGGGUCUUUAGAUGGAUUUCAAUAUAAAUAUACUUCAGAUGAAGAAUUUGAAGUUAAGAAGGCUGACUUGAAUGAACAUCAACCUACACAAGGAUUCUCGGACGAAAACCAAUACCUUAGUGUUAUACCUCACAAAUCAAAAUAUCAAAGUUAUUCUUUAUAUCAAAAACCAACUACUGUUAGUCAGGCCAGUAUUACGAAAUCUAUAUCUCAAAAUCAAUCUCAAAAGCCUAAAACAUAUCAGAAUGUUGUAGAUGAAACGCCUUUUACCUCCAAAAAUGAUGUGUUUGACGAUCGCGGAGCCCACGAAGGUUUCCAAUACAAAUCAAACUAUGAUGAUGAUGAUGAUGAUGAUAAAAAUAAUUCAGAUCACAGUGAUAAUUGGAAACCCAGUAAUUAUGAUAGCAAAACUGUUACCUUUGACGUAAAUACCAUUGAUCCUACUAUUUUAAAGAUCUUGGAAAACACAAAUAAACCGUUAUCGAUUGAAGAUCUUAUACAAGAAAUUGAUGGACACAAAACAACACAAUCCGAUCACAAUGAUCCCACAGUUUUAAAUAAUGACAAUGACGAACUACAGAAUCGUUUUAAUGACGACGCGCCUGAUUUACCUUCAUAUCAUAAAGAGCAAACGUUUAAAAAAAUUCCUUUAACUCCUCCAAUUGAUGAUUCAGGGUUUACUAUAGGUGAUUUAAAUCCUUUUGUGUUAUUACGACUACUAUUUCCUUCGGGAUUUGACAAAAAUAUACCUAACAAAAAUAAUGAUCAGAUUACAGACAGUAUUAAUCAAACAGAUUUGCUUGCUUUAUUAUUAAGUACUCAAAAUAUAUAUAAUAAAAAUAACAAAACAAAUAAUAAAAUACCCUCCAAAACAGUUAAAUUUGAAAAUUUAGUUAAAUACAUUGAUGCCCCUCUCGGUAGCCCCAAAAUGUCAAUACAAGAAGAAAACGAUCCCGUCAAUAAACUACACUCUAGAAACGAUAUGACGAACGGUAAUGAGUUUUCAUCUGCACCAUAUAAACCUAAACAUGGAAGUUACAAGCCACCCAAUUAUUCACCACCAUACAAUAAGGAAAAGAAAGUUUCUGACCACCCUGUUAGCAUGCAACCUGCAUUAGCACACAAGGAAGACGUAAAUAAUAAUCAAGCUUUGCCGCUGCAACCAUAUCAAGAGGCCACACAACAUCCUAACCAAGAACAACAUCCAAACGAAGUCCAAGAUAAUGAACAAGACCAAAAUGAGGACGAAGAACAAAAUCAUGACCAAGACCAAAAUCAUGAACAUGACCAAAACCAUGGCCAAGACCAGCCACAAAACAAGCACGUUGCGAUCAUUUCUGACGAAAGUAAAAAUUUCCCACCUUUACAAUAUCCGGAAGUUCAUAUCAUACUUCACCAGCAGAAAGAAGAAGACAACGAUGAUGUUAUGUCCUACUUUCCAAGCUUAAUGAAUCAACGGAUAAAAAAAGGAAAAGAACAGAAAGCAGAGUGUGGUGAAGAUACUCAUUGGACUCGGAAUUGUCACGCGUGCGUUUGUCGAGGCGGUGAGGCGUCAUGCGUCCAAAUACCUGAUUGUGUACAGAGAUCGUUGGAAGAACCGAUGAUGUGCAAGCCGUAUUCCACAUUUAAGAUGGGUAGUUGUUAUUCCUGCGAGUGUAACGGCGACGGUAUUCCGGAGUGUAAUGCCGCGGAAUGUAAAAUAGAACCGAAAGCAGAAGAGUCCGAAGAAGAUUCAGGCGAAAUAAAACAUACAGUUUACCACGAAUUCUAUGAAGAAGAUAAAGCAAAAGACAUGUUAAGUUACUAUAAGUUUUUCAAAAAACUUCCUAAGGAAACUUAUGAUGAUUACCCUACAUGUGAACCAGGAACACAAUGGGUCAGUAGCUGUCAUGACUGCGAAUGUAACGAAAAGUAUAAACAUGAGUGCACUGUUCUUGAUGGCUGUAAAGUGGACCUCGAAGCUCUAGGAAAACCGGGCAAAUGCAAGCCUAACUCAAAGUUUUAUCCAAAGUCUACGAACGUGGCAUGCCAAGAAUGCUCUUGUGAUGAUGAAGGAAACCCGUCUUGCCCAUUGAUAGAACCUAAAGACGAGUAAUUUUAUAUCUCUAUAAACAUUAUAUAUCAAUAAUCGGGUUCUAUUUAUAUCCAUGAAGCAAGAAGGACUCAAGAUUCACCAAUUCUAAAAGAUCUCCGUAUUUAAAUUUUAGUUAAUUUUAAGCUUUAUUCUGUGGAAGAAUAAGAAGACAUUGCUAACUUCUUAUUGAUACUAACAAAAUGAAAAUCCUUAAGGCAGCUUUUAAAUUACAGAUUGAUUAAAGAUAAAAUAUUUACAAAGUGUAAAAUUGAUAGUUUAGAUGUAUUUGUUAGCCAUAAAGACAAAAUUGUGAAGGUAAAAAAAUCCGCACACCAAAUUGGAGUAGUACCAAUUUUGUGUAAGUUAUGUUUUCACUUGAGUUCCAUAAAUACCAUCAUCUUCAUCCUAGAUUUACCCAACUAUGUUGGAGUCUGCAUCCAGUCUAACUGAAUAAAGCUAAGUACCAGUGUUUUACAAGGAGCGGCUGACUAUCUUACCUUCUCAACCGAGUUAUGUAGCCAGCACAAUACCCCUCAGUUUGGGGGGGUCAGUUUUUCUAGCUUCUGACUACACGUAAUGACUGUCGAAGAUGUUUUAAUAACAGCAGGUUCCCAUAAUUUUACGUUCUAAAACACGGAGGCACGUGAUAUCAAGCAAGUAUAAAGUUAGCUUAACCUUCGAUCAUGCAACUUGUGCAUGCCAUGAGUUCACCUGAAGGUCUUUUAUCGCCUCAUCCAAAAAUGCUGUUGCCCAUGUUCGUAGAAAAAAGACAAUGCUAUAUUGU